UCAAUCUCAACAACGAACAGUGGUGAAUCCCUGGUGAAUCCUCAAGAGCAGUAUUUCUCUCCCAUAAAUUCUCAAAUUCAUCCAUAGCAUUCUGAUACGGUCUGUUCUCAAAUAUGAUAACACCGGAGGAGCAGAAGCAGGUAACGCGUAAGCUUACGCAUUGGAUAGAAAGCGAAAGCAAGAUUGUGACUUAUCGGACGGUGUCGAGAGAGAUAGGAUGUCAUGUCAACGUAGCUAAAAACAUCCUGCUGAGACACUUUGAAGCCAACCCCUCACUUGCGGCUACAUACCUCCUGACUGGACCUCUUCUCUCCAACUCUGUUUUGACACAAACCACCAUCCAAAGCGGCACGACUUCGAAAGACGGGAAAAGUUUGCGCGACCUGGGAGAUGGGAUGGUGAAGAUUGUGGAUAUGGACCAGAACUCUGAUGCGGGGGAUUCAGAUGUUGAGGGAUUAGAGUCUCAGUCUCAGGGACAAUCAAAAGCUCAGCGGAUAGGAUUGAUGGGUACCGACGAUGAAGAUGAGAGGAUGGAUGGGGUGGGUAACGAUAGAGGUGCACAAGUAGGGGACGGAGGAAUCGGUGGUGGCAAGAGGUUGGGCGAACUUGGGUUUAAGAGAGAGAGAGUCAAGAGGUGGGGAGUCGUACUGGCAACUGCCGAGGCGCUUGAAGAGAAAAAGACACUUUUUGAUGAAAGCGAGCUGAAUAUCCAUAUUUAUGCUCUUUCACCCGCUCCAGUCAAAGAUCCGGCGCAAUUCCUUAUUGCCAGUCUUGAACUGCAUGAUAAUGCGAAUAUGUACAACUCAUCCAUCUACGGUUCAAUUACUGGGCACGCAUUCAAACCGUCUGCCAAACCAAACCCCUUGGCCCCCGCCAAACCUCCUAUCAAAGAAGCCGCAGCCCCUUCUAUUUUCGCUCGAGGUCCGAAAGAAAAGAUGGUCAAAGAACAAACCAAGAAAGAAGUUAAGAAGCAAGGCUCGACCAAGGACGUUAAAGAUGAGCCGUUACAGUCUCGCUCGUCCACGUCUGCCACUACUGCUCCUGCAAAAAACAAGGCCCAACCACUCAAUAAAUCCAAUAGCAAGAAACGUGUCAUCAAUUCUGAUACUGAAGAAGACGAGCCCGGGCCUGCUAAAGCCAAGGCAUCAACACCAACGUCAAAGGGUGGAAGCAGCAAGACAGCGCUCGAACCGACCUCUUCAAUGGUGGCCAGGGAGGACAAAGCAGCGCUCGAAGCUAUGGCUGGUAUGGACGUCGACUUUUCAGAUAAUGAGGAACCUUUGGCUGCGAGACCAAAGGCAAAGGAGGAGGCGAGGCCGUUGAGAAAGAGUGCUACUGGAAGGAAAGUCCGAAGAGUUAAAAAGACGAAACGAGAAAAGGAUGACAAGGGAUACUUUGUAUCAAAAGAUUACUGGACCGACGAGUCAUACUCCGGUGAAUCCGAACCGGAACAAGUUGAGACUCAGCCGAGAGCCCAACCGGCGAGCAAAAGGGGAGGUAGUAAGCCGCCUAUGAAGGCUCGAGAAUCAGCGUCGAGCGUGGGGAGUGGGAGUGGAGCGGGUGCAGGUGGUAAUAUGAAGAAGUCGGCGGGUAAACCGACUGGGGGGCAGAGUACGCUUAUGGGUUUCUUCAAGAAAAAAUAAGGAGAGAGACAAGGGAAGACGUUAUUGAGACUGGGGGUAUACCCUUUGGAAAAAAGGAUCGGUACAUGUAUGAGAAGGCGUAUAUCCUUUAUGUUCAUGGUUGGUGUUACUGCAGACGUUGAGCUGAAAACUAAUACAUCCUUCCAACUCGAGUCGAGGUCGGCGAUUCAUUCUUCUCUCUCGACUCAGAGCCGUGAUUUUCAGCACGAAGAUACUCUCAAGCAUUCCAGCUUGUUCAUCUAUUGCUCUACAUCACGCCACAUGAUCACUACCAAUACAGUACCAUCGCUCAAUUUUGAACGUGCUAAAAAUAAACCGACUGAUAUUUUAAGCUUUCAAAAAAGGCAAGCCACCACAAAUGAAUAUACCCAAGUUUUAUCGCCCUGCGGCUUCGGCAGCGUCGUCAAUCCCCAGCGACUUCUUUCGUUCUGUCCAUUCUGCUGGGCAAAUUCCAUGGGAUCAUUGCAACCCUCAUCUGUCCAACAAUUCCUUCACAUCGCCUUCUACUCUCAGCGACACUUACGCGACAUCUUACAGUGCCCAACACCCUUCCGCCCCACCUCUCAAUUCAACUCCUCCAACCCAAUGGACAUCGGCAUCAGCAAGUAUUCGAUCGGGACCAGAUAUCAUACGCCCUGGUGAUCCAGCUAAUGGCCCACCAUUCUCUCGACCGGUUAGACCGUCCUGGGCUUCGAAGGACGGUUGGCAUCCCAAGGGAAAACCGAUGAGUAGACCGGAUGAGUUGGAUAGGCAAACUAUCUUGAAUAGCCUUUUCAACACGAACAUACCGCCUCCAGUUGAAAAGCCCGAGGUUUUGACACCGGCAUCGAUAGCUACCCAAGGGCAGCCAUAUGGAACUGCAUCAUCCACUUUCACUCAUAUACCGACCACCAUGUCAGCACAUCCGACAUCGAAGGGGUAUGCACCCAGCGGGGUAUCAGGGCCUAAAUCGACAAAUUUAGCCUCCCGAUUACUCCAGCUACGGGGACAGCAAGCCUCUCAGCCAUCCAUGUAUAAUGGUUUCACUUCAAGUUCUUUAUUAACAACGGGCACCACGCUGCCUCCGGAGCUUGCCCGAACGAUUGGUAUAAAGGGAAUAGGAAGAGUAGUGCAAGUGCCUUCUUUGGGAGAUGGAAAAGGGAGAUCAACAGGUUCGAUAUGGAUGGAGCCAGCACCGACUUUGGGGCCUCCGCCAUUACUCUGGGAGCCUCAAGAGACCGUAAAGGAUAUGUGGACCCAGUGGUUGGAGUCCCAUCGAGACCUUGCCGACCGCCAGACAAAGGACGCCGAAACUGCUGCGCAACAGGAGAUGAGUAAGUGGAAGCGAAGUACGAGGAAUAGAGAUGAUGCGUGGUUAGAUGUGGCAGAGACGUUUGGCGGAACAGCUGAAGUAAUUGCGAGUACGCGAGACCCUGUGCUGUUGCGAAAUCUCAGUGAAAUGAAGGACAGUCUUAUGGGAUUAAAGAGGACGGUGGAAAACGAGAGGGCGACGACGAUCGGGAUGGUGAGGAGUAUGGAACAUCAAUUUGAAAGUGUGAGGAAAGGGAGGGAGUUUGGAGAUCUUUUGGGAGAUACUCUUAGCAAAGGUGUCGACUUUGGUAAUGCGAAGAAUGUAUGGGAAAAUGCAACUAAGCUGAGUAGAGUGUCACAAAGUGGUGAGAGAGAAGCAUCGCCAUGGGAUAGAUUCAUGUCAAGUUACGAAAUAGAUGGAUCGCAGAGCCAACCCUCGCAUUUCCCCCCUUCUAAUGGAGAUUCCCUCUACUUACAGGACUUGUCACCACCGUUCCACUCGGGACUUGGUUCGCAUUUGCCCACCGGAAACAGUUCGCAGCAUACAUCAUCUCAUUUUGGCAGCUUCCGUGACAACUUCCAACAAUUUCCGUCUUUGGGAGGAUUCGCUCAACGGCACCAACCUUAUUUUGGUGAUUCAUCUGGCAGUUUCGGUCAAACAUUUCAGCAGCCAUCUUCAUUAGAUAGAUUCCCUCAAAAGCAAUCUUCUUUCCCAUCGUACGGUCACCCACAACGAUAUUCAUCGAUACCGCAAUUCAGCCAACAGUAGCAUCAACGUUAUUAUAUAUCGAAGUUGUUUUAGUUGUGUCUACACAAUAAACUCGUCGGAAAAUAUUUAAAUUCUCCAGUUACUGAUCAUGCUUGGCCGGUAGUAUAAUACAUGACUAGGCAUUAAUUCAACUGAUCAUGCAUCGGGUUUGCUG